UAUACUUUUUUUAUGACGACAUUUCUGUACGGUUAUGUUUCAGAGUUGACGAUGUCGGACGUGUACAGUCCGCCGGAUCGGGUGGUGGUGGAGUCCCACUGUAAGGGGAUGGAUGAGUACAAGAAGAUGUACGACGAGAGCAUAAAGCAACCGCACAAGUUUUGGGGAAAUAUUGCUGAACAGUUCUUUUGGAAAACCCCAGUCCCUGAUGAUCUCUCUGAGUUCAUGAAAUAUAAUUUUAACGUAUCUGAGUCCCCGAUCAAGAUAGAAUGGAUGUGCGGGGCACAAACCAACAUCUGCUACAACGCUCUAGACAGGAAUGUUGAGGCCGGACUAGGGGAUAAGAUCGCCUUCUACUGGGUCGGAAAUGACCCUGCGGACAAGGGUCAGAUAACCUACCGAGAAUUGCUGGCUGAGGUGUGUAAGUUCUCCAACGUGUUGGUUAACCUGGGAGUGAAGAAGGGGGACAGGGUUGCUAUCUAUAUGCCGAUGGUGACGGAGUUGGUGGUUGCUAUGCUAGCAUGCGCCAGAAUUGGAGCUGUUCACUCAAUUGUAUUCGGAGGCUACUCAGCUGACUCCCUGGCGACCCGUAUACUUGAUGCUGGAGCCCGUGUACUAGUUACUGCUGAUGGGGUUUAUCGUGGAACUAAACUUAUCAAACUUCUACAGAUUGCUACAGCAGCCAUGGAAAAGGCCGCUGAGCAAGGUCAGGAGGUAUCUCAUCAUAUCUGUGUAUCUCAUCUACCUAGGCUGGUUAAUCCAGGCACAGAGGAAGCGAUGCAGGAACACACUGCUAGUAUAGAGUCCGGUUGGAAGACAGGUAGGGAUAACUGGUGGCAUGAACUCAUGAGAGAUGCUUUACCCGACCAUACUCCAGAGUGGGUGGACUCCGAGGAUCCAUUGUUUAUGUUGUACACUUCCGGAUCUACAGGAAAACCCAAGGGUGUACUGCACAGUACUGCAGGGUACAUGUUGUACACCGCCACCACCUUUAAACACUCCUUUGACCACCAGCCUGAGACAGAUGUGUACUGGUGUACUGCAGAUAUAGGUUGGAUAACAGGACAUUCCUAUGUUACGUAUGGACCUCUUCUCAACUCUGCUACCUCCGUCCUAUUCGAGGGAACACCCUUCUACCCAGAUCACCGAAGAUGUUGGGAGAUAAUAUCAGAAUAUAAGGUGAGUAAGUUCUACACUGCUCCAACUGCAAUCCGUUCCUUGAUGAAGUUUGGUUCGGAUCAAACCAAACCUUAUGAUCUCUCCAGUCUCAAGGUUCUGGGUACAGUAGGAGAACCAAUCAAUCCUGAAGCAUGGCAGUGGUACCACAGUGUAGUUGGACAGGGACAGUGCAGUAUUACGGAUACAUACUGGCAAACAGAAACUGGUGGACAUAUUAUUACACCCCUACCUGGAGCUACUCAUACAAAACCUGGAUCGGCUUGUUUUCCAUUCUUCGGCGUAGUUCCUGAGAUCCUAGACGAGGAGGGGAAGGUAAUCGAGGGGGAGGGGGAGGGAUACAUUGUCUUCAAACAACCCUGGCCAGGUAUGAUGAGAACUGUAUAUGGAGAUCAUGAAAGAUUUGAGAAAACUUAUUUUUCCAAAUUUCCUGGAUAUUACAUGUCAGGGGAUGGAGCUAAGAGAGAUAAGGACGGAUAUAUCUGGAUAACAGGACGGAUUGAUGAUAUGUUGAACUGCUCUGGUCAUCUUAUGUCAACUGCUCAGAUUGAGAGUGUGUUAGUGGAACAUUCUUUAGUAGCAGAAGCUGCAGUAGUGCCUAUACCUCAUCUCAUUAAGGGAGAAGCCCUGUACUGUUUUGUUACAAUGAUCGACGGAGAAGUUUACACAAAGGAGAUUAGAGAUCAACUCAAAACUAUGAUAAGGGAGAAGAUUGCUCCGUUUGCAACACCAGACUAUAUUCAGGAGGCGCCAGGUCUUCCUAAAACCAGAUCCGGAAAGAUAAUGAGACGAGUGUUGAAGAAGAUUGCAAAUGAUGAAACUGAUCUCGGAGAUAUUAGUACCAUGGCGGACAGCACAGUUGUUGAGGUUCUGUUUUCAAAACGUCAGGAAAUGCUGGACAGUAAAUAAAUGGAAAAGAUAGCGGCACUAGUACUCGAUGAUAUAGCAAAGUAUUAAAAAGAAUCAGAAUUGUAAUUCCGGUAGCUGUUCUUCAUAUGCAAAAUUUAUGA